AUGCCGCGGGACUCAAGGCAGGAGCAGAGGAAGUUGCCGGCACCAGCAGGAUGGAUGCAGGCUGAGUUCACGGGAGUGACGUCAGAUACCGAGAGGAGUAGGACCAAGGAAGAUAUCCGGAGGCUCGAGCUGGCCUGGCAGAUGAGGAUCAACCUGGACCUGGAGGAGGUGGAGAAGGCGGAGGAGGAGAUCAAGAAGAUGCAGGAGCAGGUGGGGAUCUGCUCUGGCGCGCUGAGCAGGAUAGCUGAGGAGGUCAGGCAGCAGCAGCAGCUUGUAGCUCCUUUCCAGAAGAGGAUGAAGGGUAUCCUGAUCGAGCUGGAGAGGUUGCAGGAGGAGCGAAGGAGCAUCAGGGAGGAGGAGGAGGAGGUGAGGAAGGGGCCAACGUUGGAGGACCGGAACAAGAGGACGAUGGAGUUCUCGUCUCUUGUGCAGUACGGCAGACCUGAUGAUGCUGAGCAUCUGAUCAGGAGCAUCGAGUCAGAGUUCGAGACGAACGUGGCAGGAGCAGAGGCGAAGUUUGCGAUGCUCAUGAACAAGCCCAACAUCUCCAAGACAGGGUUGAAGAAGGCCACCAACGACCAGUCUGCCCUCCUCCGCGCCGAGAAGCAAACGAUCCAGCGGAUCAGUGAGAUCAACAAGCUGAAGCCGCUGAUUGAGCAGCACGCGGAGAAGAAGGAGGGAGUGCGAGAGAGGGCGAGGGAGGUGGAGGAGAAGAUGAGGAGGUUGGAGCAUGACCUCUCCAUCGUCAAGAGGCAGUCUGAGAGCCUGAGGAGGACGAUGGUAGAGCUGAAGAGGACCGAGGCAGCUCAGCGGAAGGAGUAUGAUGCGAAGCUGCAGGAGAGAAACAAGAUCAGGAUGAAGGUCGAACGACUGCGGCAGGACGUCAAGGCUGAGAUGGCGGAAAGGAACAAGCAAAGGGAGCGGUAUCGCUUCCUCAUCGCCCAGGAGAGGGAGAUGCAGCUCCGACACCUCCUCCGUCAGUCUCAGCUCUCCGGCUCUGACCAACAGGAGCUCGACCAGGUGCAGCAAGAGCUGGUGGAGGCGUCGAGGGCGAAGGAGGAGGCGGAGGCGCAUGCUCGUAUGAUACAAGCAAGUUUGGCGAACUACGAGAGGCUGAGGGAGGAGGUGGAGGGAAGGAGGCAGAAGCAGAACGGUGGAGGAGGGGAGGAGAGGGAUGGGAGGAGGUUGACCACGGGCGCGAAGGAGACAAGAAGGAGCGAGGAGGUUCAGAAUGAGCCAGAUGAGGGAGAGCUGCUGGGGAUUCCAAUCGCAGGAUGGAACUCAGGGGAGAGAAGUCAGGAGGAAGGAUGGCGGGAGGACCUGCCUGGUGUCGGAGGAGUGCCGGAUGCUGCGGAUGUGGGACAGAAAGUUGAAGAGGAGUAUGAGAUGCUGCAAGAGGAGGAGUGGAACCUGGGAGAAGGGCGGAUGGAAGAGGAGGAGAACAGGGAGGAGGAGCUGGGCAGCAAAGAGGUGGGGAGGGAGGAGGAGAAAUCAUACGCCCCUGCUGCGUACGACGGAGGAUAUGAGAUCGUCCAAGAGGAAGACCAGGGAGCUGACAAGUCAAGGAAGCUGGAGCUCCUGUUAGAAGACGAAGACUUCGAGGAGGAGCUGGAGCGGAAACUGCAGAAGUUCCGUCAGCAGCUGGAAGACGAGAAGCGGGCGGAGGAGCGCGAGAAGCGGAGGAAGGAGAAGCUGCGGGCAAAGCUUGCAAUGAAGAGAGAGCAACAGCGAGCAUAUCAAGAGGAGAGCGAGGAGGAGGAGGAGGAGGAGGAGGAGGAGGGUGGGAGGAACCACAUGGACCCAAGCUCGUUAGCCGCCAAGAAGAAACAGGAGGAGCAGGAGAAGCACGAGGACGACGAGAGUCGCUCAUAUGGCGGGAGGCGAUCGACGAGCAGGAGCAGGAAGAAAGGAAAGCACGGGAGGAGGAGAGGAGCCGACAGCGGGUCCGAGUACGAGAGCGGAGCGGAGAGCGUCGACCCUGGCACGCACGCCUCCUCCAGUGCUGCCCGUCAUGCCAUGGUGGAGAGGUCAAGGAAGAAGGAGGCAGAGAAGAGGAGGAGGAGGCAACUUUGGACCCUGCUGGCCUUCGCCAUUGCGAUUGGAGUGAUCUGCUGGAUGGUCGGCAUCUCGUUCCUCGACCCGGACGCUACUCGCCCCUCCUCGUCUCGCUCGCGGUCUUCUCCUCCUCUCUCCCCGGAACGGAAGGGGAUGAAGCCGCUGGCCUCCGUCGAAAUCCGGGGGGAGGAGGACGCUGGGAGGAAGACGAUGAUGCAUAUCUACCACGGGCCGGAAGAGGUCGAGGGGGUGGAGGAGGAUGUCGAUCGCUUCAUGCAGGCCAUGAGAAUCCCCUCGAGCUACCGCGAGCAGCUGCUGCAAAGCGCCUUCAAUGCUCUUGACAGCGCCUUGCAGGAUGGAGGAUGGGAGGAGGAGGAGGAGGAGGAGGAUGUUGGGACUCGAGGGAGGAGGAGCUCACCUACCGGCCAGCCUCUGGCGAUGCUGCGGAUUCAGAGCAGGGAGGACCCCUCCCAAUCCCUCGAGCUGCCACUCUUUCAUGACGGGAGCGACCGGAAAGGGGUGGAGGAAGACGUCGAUCGCUUUAUCUCCUCCCAUGGCUUCGACCCCCAGCUCCGUUCCCAGCUCGUCAAGGGGGCAUUGGACGCCCUGCGGGGGCAGUCGGAGGGGAGGAGUUUCUCAGCUCCUGCUGGUUUCCAGCAGGGGAACAGCUUCGGGGAGAAGUUCGAGGACUUCGAAGAUGAGGCAGACGAGGGCGAAGAGGGAGGGGGUGAGCGGGAGGAAGAGGAGGAAGAGGAACAGCCAAGGGAGCAACCCAGGAGGACGGGAAAGAAGGAGCCUCCAAUGAGGCAGCAGCAGAACGAAGGGGAAGAGGAAGGGGAGUUUGCGGAGGAGGACGAGGAGCACGAGCUGUUCCCCAAGGCAGCCAGGAAGGUUCCCAGGAAGCAGCUGGGGUCUGUGAAGCUGCGACAGGAGCAGGGAGGAGCCCAACUGCUCUUCCCCUUCUUCAGCGACUCAGAUGAGAAGUCGCUCAUGGCGGAGGCCAGGGAGUUUGCAAGGAGUCAUAACAUCAAGAGCUCGCAAGUCCCCAGCAUCGUUGCCGCCGCUCUCAAGAAGCUGAAGAAGAAGAGGAAGGGAUGA